GCUUUAACUGAUUUUAUUUAGGGCGCGCUUGUAUUCAUUUAUAUAGAUUUUUGAAUAAUUUAUUAGUGUUCAUAAACAAAAGAGUUAUACCUAAACACAGAGGUAUAAAAGCGGGCUAUUUGUUAAUUUAGCUUCAUGUUUGAGCGAUUACAGGCAGUAACCAUAGAAACGUAAACAAAUUGAACAGCAAACGUGAUUUUCAGUGAAAUUCAUACUUACGCAUCAAUAUCCAUCUAUGGUUAUAAUUAUGGAUGAUACAGAGGUAAGGAGUGCAGCGGCUACCAAGCGCAUAAAUCCGAAAUUUGAAAAAUCAACACAGAAGUAUGUGUCGGUGUUCCGCAUCGAUGGAGUUCCUAUUCUGCCACCGUUAAUGACUGCUGAAAAACGCCGUCAAAUGCAGAAAUUGAAGGAGAAGGCUGUAAAACUCGAGCAACGACUGUCAGAUAGCAAAAGAAGACAGCAAACAUAUAGUCUAGAAUUUGAAGAAUUCAACGAUAGAUCAUAUGCAAUUGACAACAACAAUGGGGGUAGUGGUAAUAGCAGCUUAUCUGAAGACAUGACAGAACUGGAUGUUCAACGUAAGGAAGCAGAAAAGUCGUAUAUGCUUUUAACAGACUUAUUAAUUCAAAAUGAAAAUGAGCGGGAUACACAUUCUUUGAUGCUCAGCACAACCUGCUUUAAUUUUACACGCCAAACAGCCGGAGAAUGCAGUGAAAUAGAUUUGGAAAUCCAUCAGCCUACGAUUUCGGAAUUAAACUUAAUGCAGCGUUUGCAAAAAUUACAAAAAUCUGAAACAUUGAUAUAUGAUCACCGCGUCAAUACAAUCAUUUCGCCCUUAUCAGAGGAGGAGGUACAAUUGAUCCAACAACAACAGCAAGAAAUAAAUUUAGAUCAUCCGGAUGAAAAACCAAUUUUACAGAAAGUUGAAUUAGUAGAAGAAGAUAAGACAGCUAAUAUAAAUUUUUUGCAACGUCAGCGUGGCGAAAAAAUGUUAAAAAAAAUACCAUCAAUAUGUAUUGAUCCGCCAACACCAAUCAUAAGCACACGUUCAUUUUGUGACGCUGUUAGAGAGCAGAGCAGCAUAGAUGCUAUAAAUGUGAAUAGUCCUGAAAAGACUAAAAUGGAUUUAAACAAGUAUUUGCAAGACGAAAUCAGUUCAGAAGAAAGCUCAAAUUGCGUAGAAUCAAGAAUGAAUCUAGAACAAGAUUUGAAAACUCACCACAAAGUAACGAAUAUCACAAGCAAAAUAAUAAAAUUUGAAAACUACACCGGCAAGGACACAAAAGAAAAUUCACCAAAGUGUUCUAAUAUAAGACCACCACAAAGAUCUGCAACAAGUCCAUCCUUAAAACCUUUACUAUCAGAGAGUUCACACGACCCGAAAACGAAAUCCCAGGAAUUUAAACGUGGUGCUCAAAAAGAAACCGUUUUAGUUCGUUCAAACUCUUUCACAUUAGACUGUCCUUCGAAAGCAUUGAUUGAUCAUAUUCGCCAACAGCAAGUACCCAAUGAAAACUAUCCCACUAAACGUUCCAACUUGUUUUCCAUGAGUGCGACACGUGACACCGUCGAAUCGAAGGCGAAGCGUGUUCAAAAAGUAGACCUCAAAGCACGGGCGCAGGCAACGCGUCUCCAAGUAAAACCGUCCGUUACGAAUAUCACAAGUCCAUCUUCAAAGCAUGCUGCUGCAAACAGAACCAAACGUUCGCCUUAUGAACAAAAACUUAUCAAACCGAAAAUUGCGCGCCAACUGAAAAAAUCCGUUUCCGGCACAUCAGCUAUUAAACAAAUGAAGCCGAGGCCGUCAAUGCCGAGCAUACAAACAGCUAAAAUACCGACGGAUAGUCCGCGUUAUCACUCCACCAGUCCCUUGCUACAUGGCAUUGAAGCAGAACACCGUCAAAAAUUUCUCGACUUAUUGGCGCAUCAAAAGCGUGAACAGCAAAGAAUGCAACAGGUUUUCGAAGACCAGCAAAGAUUUUUUUUCGAACAGCUUAGCAAUAAAGUAAGCAACAUGAAAAUACAUAAUAACGUUUCGCACGUUAAUCAUCAACGCGUAGAGCGUGAUUACAAUGGGUCGGUCGAUAAUUCACCGAGAGCUAGAUCGGAAUAUAAUGAAUCUGUAACGCUACAAUCUCCAACCAUAAGUGCUCACAGUUCUGUGGUAAAUAAUCCAAUGGACAUAAACUCUAUUGCUAGUCAAUUACCAUCAUUAGAGCUAUCUGUUUGCUCUUCUACAAUGCCAACAACAUCACAGAGCACGCCUCGGCGACGUCUCUUCUCACACGAUCUCUCGCCGUCCGCUUCAGUCAGGAGUAUGUCGAUAAACAGCAAUAAUGGAGCCAACAAUACUGGACGCGCGAAUGGCUCCACAUGUGGACCGUCAAGCAGUCGUUUACAACAACAGCAGCAAACGGUGAAUACAACGUAUAUAUACGAAAGAGCAGAUGAAGAAAUGAAACGCCGAGAAGCUGCCGCAACCAAGAUUAAUGCGCAUGUGCGUGGCUACUUGGUGCGUCGUCUAUUCCAAACAGAGCAAGUACAGCGAAUUGCACAGACAAUCAAAGAUACGCUAAUAUUUGUUUUGAGCUUGCACAUUGAAACCUGUCAAGAUCCAGUUGAGGCGAACAACCCCAAUAAUAUUAAACUGAAGACGCAACUUGUAAGGCAGCUCACUUCGGCGAUGCACACAUUACACCUGAUACUCUUUCAAACUACACCCAAGGAACGCAUGGAAAUUAUUAGUCGUGAUCGAAAGCGGAUUCAAACCAAAAUGUUGACUAUGAGUAUGAAGAGGUCACCGAGGUUUCAAAUUUAAAACAAAGAUUAGCAAAUCUUCAAACUGCCCGAAAAAGUUCUAUAUAUUUAAAAAAAAAAUAUUUAUUUAUUUAUUUAUAACCUUUAAAAGAAACGUAAACUGUGAAUUUAAUAUACACUUAAAGAGCUGAGCUCCUCAACAAAUAAAA